AUGUAUCGGAAGUUGUCUAAGUUAGAACACUCGGAAAUAAAACAACUUCUUACAGAAGCUAACAUAGAUGUUGCAAAACAUUACGCGACAAACAAAAAAGCACUCGCUGACAUCCUCAAUGACUACAAUGGUGAAAUAACUUAUGAUAGAAUUCAUGAGUUCAUAAAUGCAAGAGCAUUUCCUUUAAAUGACGUUGCUAUUGACUUAUAUCAUAGACGUUCAAUACCUCAUGAAGUAAGGCGUGAGAUGUUUGACAUAACAAAUGCGAACGUUGGUCAUACUCGUAAAGCUCUUUCUCAUGAUGUUCGUCAAGAGAUGUUUGAACUUACGAACUCAAACGUUGGUGAAACACGAAAGAGAGAUGACACACUGAAACAACAGAGAAGAGAGAUGUUUAAAAAUGCUAUAGAACAAGUUCGCAAAGCUAACGAUGUCAUUCGUUCCAUUGACGACAAACCAAAA